UCUUCUUGAUUUUGCCAGUUUUACAGCCCAAUUUUCGCUUCGGUUUCGUGGCGCUUGCAGGUGGGCCGUUUUGUUCCAGCAGUUAAUUCCCCGAUUCUUCGGUUUUGCAACGUGAAAUGCCAUAAAAUUCUGCCUUGUUUUCGAUUGCUCGGCCAUUUUGCGUUGCUGCGUAUUUAAGUGUUGUGCCGAAGCAACUUUCUCACCGCCUCCCCACUUGUUUCUUCCUCUCGUUCCUCCUCCUUGGCGGAGGUGGAGGGAUGCUUGCUUGUCACCUACUACUCUGCCUUUUAAGCUCCCCACUCUCUCUUCCUCUUCUACCUCUCACACUUCUUCUGCUUGGAUCUUCCCCAUUGGACUAUCAGUUGUCCCUCGGUUGAGCAAGCAACAGAGGAACGAACAAGCAAAGCCAGCAAGCUGCUCGUGAUUCCAAGCAUUGCGGUACCUGAUCUCUGCUGCUCCCUUGCCUUGUGUGGGAAUUAGUCUUGCUCGUUUGCCGAUGGACAGGCACACCUGCAAGCUCUGCUUCCGGAGGUUCCAGAAUGGCCGUGCCCUGGGCGGCCACAUGCGCUCCCAUGUCAUGGCGGCUGCCGCGGCUGCUCCGUACUCGACGCCGCCACCGCAGCAGCUGUCGCCGCCACUGUCCUUAGCAUCCACCUCGUCGACGGACACGGAUGGUAAGCCAGCUCAACCGAAGCGACUGUCCUGGGCCCUGCGUGAGGAUCCCGCGAGAAGCUGCAAGGUAGGCGCGCCUGAAUUCUCAGGCGGAUGCUUCGGCGGGAUCACCGCGGCGGCCGGCGAGUCGUCGGUCGUGCAGGACGGCGAGAGCGACACGGAGUCCCCGCGCGGUGGCGCGGGGUUCGCCGUGAGCCGACGGCGCUCCAAGCGGGCACGGCGGCGCGCGCCGCCGCCUGUGCCGGAUCCCGAGCCGGCGAGCACCGUCUCCGAUUCGACGCAGGAGGAGGACGUGGCCAUGUCGCUCGUGAUGCUGUCUCAGGACUCGUGGACGCGGUCCAGAUCCGAGCCGGAGCCCCGCUGGGCCUCGGAGGCUGAGCAAAACAACGACGGCGCCAAGGUGUUCGACGAGGACGAGGACGGUCGCAACGUGGUCGGCGAGGCUUACUACGUCGAGACGGCGGCGGCGCACGUGCACCCACGCGCAAGGCACCAGUGCGGCGCAUGCAAGAAGGUGUUCCGAUCGUACCAGGCCCUCGGCGGCCACCGCGCCAGCGUCAAGAAAGGCAAGGGCGGCUGCGUGCCACCGCCGGCUGGCAAGGCCUGCCGCGCCGACGCCCCGAUCGUCCACGAGUGUCCGUUCUGCUUCCGCGUGUUCGGCUCCGGCCAGGCCCUGGGCGGCCACAAGCGCGCGCACAUGCCGUUCGGCGGCGCGCUCGCCGCCUCGUCGCCUCCGGCGAAAUGCGGCGACAGCUUCGGGUCCUUCGAUCUCAACGUGCCGGCCGCGUUCGACGACGACUUCGAGCUCUCCGCCGUGUACGACGCCGAGUUCGGCAGCGCCAGACAGUGAGGUCAGCUGUUCUGACUUCUGACCAGCCACCGUCCAGAUCGAUCGCCAGAUGUGCUCAGAUGAGCUCAUGGACUGGCAGCCCAGCUUGAGCAAUCAGCAUGCAUGGAUGGAUUCGAGGCUAGGGCUCUUCUUCCAUGCAAGAUCCAGGUGGAGAACAGUUGAGCAAUAAAAAAAUAUCUCGGUUUUUAGCUGAACAGCCCGAUUCAUUUUUUGUCCACUGUAUCUACAUGUUACUCUGUUCUAUUUUUUUUGUACAAUAUCUCUCACUGGGAUUUGACCCGUGCCAUUAAGCUACGCUUUGUUGAACUUUACAGUAGCCGUAACAGCUCACCACUUCA